AUGAGUCCGGGCGAGCGCGCCGCCCUCGGGCGUCGCGAGCACCCUCGCCCUAACUAUGCUGCCACCGCACCGGGAUUUCCGCCACCAUACUACCCGCCUUACGGAGUGCCGCAUCCCAGCGCAUGGCUAGGGGCUCCCCUUAUAUCCAUGGCAGGUCGCACGCAACAACAGAGGAACACGCCUAUUUCAAAGCUUGCCAUGCACGCUCAGGGCGCUCCUCUUAUCAUACAAAAUAGGCACGAUCGACGAAAGUACACAACCGUUCCAGAACAGCGUAAUCAUCGGCCGCUCGGAUAUUCUGAACAUAACAUUACUAGAGACAAUGGCGAAGUGUCUGAAGGAUCUAGGCCACGAAAUCAAUUACAACAGUCGCGUUCGAAUCGAACUGGACGUAAUAAUAAUACAGACGCGGUCAGCGUGGCCAGCGAUGAAAGUUCCGGCUCCACAAAUUCAGAAACCAUGUUGCCACGCAUAAUUAAACCUAGAAAACGGCGUAAAAAAGAUAGAAAACCCAAUAACAUUGUCCCGCACGAUAUUUCCAACUCCGGACUAGAACUGGGUGAAGUUGAUCAUUGCGCUGGUACAAAUAUGGGAUCGACGCCGCACGUUUACGAGGAAUCUUAUUGCAGAGAGGUGUCAUUACCGUAUCGUUUAGAUGUGAAAGCACUAGGUUACCCGGAUCCGGUGCCGGAGACUUAUAAAGUUACUGCGUUGGGUGAGGCAUUAGAGGCUACGCGUUUUGGUUUAACUGAGGCAGUUUCUCCCUCAGAAUCUGCUGUGAGCUCGUGUCAGUGCCGAUAUUGUGAUCCUGUCGGACAAAUUUGGGAUGCUGAUUCCAUUGCACACUUACUGGAUGAAAGUUCAAGUGGCGAUUUCCCACCUACAAAGUUAGAGGAGUCUAUGAAGGUAGUAGGGCCCCUAGGAAGAAGAGGUGUUGACACUAUUCUGCGACGUAGUUGGAGCGAUCCAUCAGCGCGAGUCCCUGAACGAAGGGAAAUUAAUAAUAUCGAAACUUUGUCGGCUCCUAACUUAUAUUCCUUGUUUCCACCAUCAAAAAGAACUAGCUCCCCUGAGCCAAGGUCACCACUGGCCUUAGAAAUAUCAUCGGAGAUUGUCACCUCAAUGAAUGGACAUCGUGACUUAGAAAUAAAAUUGUUUUCCACUUCGCCUCCGGCAAUGAACUCUGAGCGCCGUUCUUUUUUCGACGAUAACAGUGCAAGUGUUGUUAAAACAUGUACGAUAAAAGAAAAUGAGCUAAACAGUGCAGUGGACAGUGAAAAAACAGUGUCUGGUGCGAACGGCGUUAAAAGUGACAAUGUGGACAAGGGAUGUUUGCCGGCGUACGUUACCGGCGAGACCUCUCGCAACGUUUGUGAUCUAGCCUUAGUUUCUGCCUAA